CGCUGCAAGCUUCGCCGAUUCGCCCCUUCUCUCUCUCUUUCUCGAAAUCCCUCCUCUCCUUCUCUUUCUCUCUCUAUAUCCCGCCUCACGCUCUCUCUAAAUCCGUCGAGAAAACCGAGACAAAGGAUCCCCUCUCGCUCUCUCUAGUCCCUCAAGAGAAAAGAAACGAAGGAUCCUCUCUCUUUAUCUCUCGCCCUUUGGCUCACGGAUCAAUCUUCACAAGAAGGAUGUGUGGGGGGGGGGCGUAACUUGGUAAUCUCUUCAAAAAAAAUCAAUCCCCAAAGCUAGCAAAACGAACAAUAUUUUAUCAAUUCUACAUUGAAUGUCCAUGCAGUUUAUAAACCGCCGAUGAAGUUCCGAUCUUGCAACGAAUUUCACAAAUUCGGAUAAAUUUUCUAUUAGCUCUUAUUGCAACCGUAUAAAUAAAUAUAAAAGGUCUAAUCCCCCCCCGCCAAAAACAUCUGGUUUAGUAUGUAAGGAUAGGUCGAACUAAAAGUCGGUUGUCUAUGGCGACGGCUACCAUGGCUACAGCGGCUGGGGCUGCCGCCCUUCUUUACUAUACACUAAGCCGAAGAUUAGCCACUGCAUCAAUGCGAGAAGACAAUGAAGAUGAGAACUCUGAUGCCUCAAGAUCUAAUCGGUCAGGAAGGAUCACGUCUGUGAGGCGCCCUGCACAGGCACCUGCUACAUGGUUUGAGGCCAUAUCGACGCUUUCGGAGACCUUGCGGUUCACUUACUCUGAAACACUGGGGAAAUGGCCAAUAGGGGACCUGGCUUUUGGCAUCACUUUUCUAUUGAGGCGACAGGGAAACUUACGUGUUGCAAGUGUAUAUGCGGGUCCUGAUAGUAUACAACUCACAGGAGCUGAAAUAGUCUCUGAGCUAAGGCAGCUUUUGAAGUUAUUGACUCUUUGCUUGCAUUUCUCAAAGAAGCCAUUUCCGCUAUUUUUGGAGGAAACUGGCUAUACCCUUGAUGAUGUGCUUCUUCAAGAGCCUAAAGCAGGGCUUUUGAAGCCUGCUUUCACAAUUUUGUCUGACAAGAGCUCAAAAUGUUUCCUUCUAUUGAUUCGGGGUACUCAUAGCAUCAAAGACACUUUGACAGCAGCAACAGGUGGGGUUGUACCUUUCCAUCAUACAGUUUUACACGAAGGUGGUGUGAGCAAUCUAGUUUUAGGUUACGCCCAUUGUGGGAUGGUUGCUGCUGCACGUUGGAUCGCAAAGCUUGCUACUCCUUGUCUCCUUAAAGCUCUUUCUGAACAUCGUGAUUACAAUGUUAAGGUUGUUGGACACUCUUUGGGUGGGGGCACUGCUGCACUCCUAACCUAUGUAUUGCGGGAGAGGGAGGAGUUCUCUACCUGUACUUGUGUUACAUUUGCUCCAGCUGCUUGUAUGACAUGGGAGUUAGCAGAAUCAGGUGUCUCCUUCAUUACUUCCAUAAUCAAUGGUUCGGACUUGGUGCCUACUUUCUCGGCUGCAUCUGUGGAUGAUCUACGCUCAGAGGUGACAGCAUCUGCAUGGCUAAAUGAUUUACGAAACCAGAUUGAGCACACAAGAUUUCUGAGCACUGUGUAUCGGUCUGCAUCUGCCUUGGGUUCUCGAUUGCCAUCCAUUGCUAGUGCCAGGGCAAGAGUUGCGGGAGCAGGUGCAAUUCUACGUCCUGUCUCCAAUGGUACACAGGUGGUGAUGAAGCGUGCGCAGAGUGUGGCGCGAGCAGCAUGGGCAGGCCCCACCCUUGGCCUCUCCUCAUGGUCAUGCAUGAGGGCACGGCGAAGGCCCCCACAAUCAAGCCCAAAGCCAGAUGAAACUCUAACUUUAAAUGAAGCCUCAACUGACCUAACUGAGAGCACUGAAUCCCUUCUCAUCUCCGAAAAAACCGAAACAACGAUCAUGGAAAACCCAGAAUACCCCUGCUCUGACCACGAGAUGAUGACCCAAGAACAUGAUGAAGAAGAAGAUGAUGAUAUAAGAGGUGAAAAUAUGACCGAGGAUGAGCUUUGGGAGCAGCUUGAAGAGGAGCUGCAUAGAAGGUCUGAGAUUGAUGCCUCGGCUUCUGAAGAGAUAGAAAGAGAAGAGGAGAAAGUGGUAGCUGAGAGUAUCGGACCUGCUGGAUUUUCACCAGAAUUAUUGUCAGAAAAUAUUGAGACCCACCGGUUUUUCCCCCCUGGAAAAAUCAUGCAUAUAGUGACUUUCGAGAUGGAAGACGGUGAGGGGGAAGGAGAGCUUGAUGGGGAACACAAGGUCAGGAUUUUCAGGACGCCAAGGUCAUUGUAUAGUAAGCUACGGCUCUCAAAAACAAUGAUUAAUGAUCACUAUAUGCCGAUCUACAGAAGGAAAAUGGAACAGUUGAUCCUUGAGAUUGAGGGGGAGAUUGAGGCAAAUGAUGGUUGCUGUGUCAAAGAGAUAUAGAAUUUCGAUUUUUUUUUUUAAUUAUAAAGUAACAGAUGUUUGUUGUAACAAAGGAGCCUCGGCAGAUGCAUUUCUCUUCUUUCUUUUUUUGACUUUUUUUUUUGGUUUGGUGGGGUUUUGGGGAUUUGAAAUCCUGAAUUGUAAAUAUAGGGGAUGGCAAAGGAAAAAAAGGUAGCAUUGCUGUACAGUUUCUGUGGGUGAUUUAUGGUGGACGAGUUUUUCACAGUAAGUUUAUUGCCA